AUGAAGGUCUCUACGCCCCCAAUCUUAACACUAUUAGUGUUCAACUCGCUCGUCUCAGCCGGAGCCAUAAACCGUCUUUGGAUGAGAGAACAGCCAGCACCACCAGCGCCACAACAGCCAGCAGGCCAACCGGCAACGCCCCCAGACAAAUUCAAUGGCGAAACACAGGAACUUCAGGCUCAAGGUCUCUGUCGUCUCUACACCGACCAAAACAAGGCAAAAACAAGUUCCAUGGAUCUAUGCAGCGCCAAUUGUAACCCCAACCAUUCACCCAAUCAACCAGGGGCACCUGCACCCGCAGCAACCGACUUUACAGUUAACAUCACCUGUACACCAUCAGAAAUGAUCCCGGGCGACAAAGCCCCCAAACCUGAUCCCGAAAACGUCAUGUACACCACAGGCGUUUGCAGCUGUGAAGUCCCAGCCGUCGAAUACCUCAAAAACAUAUUUGAUGGCCUACAGCUCCCACAAAUCGCCAAAUCGAUCUGCGAACCAUGGUUUAAAGAAGUCUCAACCAUAUUCGAUGCGGAAACGAAAAAAAUGACUCAAAAAGGUCCCAGCACCGAUAAGCUCCCCGAGAUUGGGGGGAAUACCACAGUCGCACUGCGAAUUGCGGUUCAAGGCGCGAACACUCUCCAGGCGAAAGGCGGCUCGCCUACGGAUUUCGCAGACUAUUACAAGGAGGCUUGUGCUGAGAAGGCGACGCCCGAAGCGGUGGCGAUGGCGGAGAAGGCGUACGAAUCUUUGAUUAUUGUGGAUGAUAAGUUGGAGGUUGCGAAGGUACUGCCGUGCAAGGAUGGGAAGCCGGAGUGCUGGAAUUACGAUCGAUGCAAAGCUAAGUAA